GCAGAUAGUUAAUAGGUAACUUACUCGCCUCUAUCACACAUCAUUAUUAAUAUAGACACUCACCAGCAGCCCAACGUGCAUUAAUUCGUUUGCUUGCCCAUCGCACAGCCUUCAUAAUACUCCAAAUCAGCGCAGUUCACAAUACCAAUUAACUAACUUCAAAUUUUAAAAGCGUUCUAGCAAGACUAUUGCUAUAUACACUUCAAACCUUUACUACAUCAUUGUUACUGAGUUAUGGCUACCGAUUCAAAAGCCACGAUCGUCCUCGUAGGAGGCGCUUUCCACACCCCUCAAAGUUACGAGAAACUCAAGACUGCGAUUCAAGCAUUAGGUUAUGAAGUACACGUCCCACGCCUUCCAACCUGUAAUGAGGCGCGACCGCCCAAUACCGACUUGGCAAGCGACACUGAGCUUAUCCGAAGCUACGUUGGAAGCUUGGUCCAGGCUGGACGGAACGUCGUAGUUAUUGGCCACUCAUACGGCGGCCAGGUUUGUUCUAAUGCACUCUAUGGCCUUGGAGUCGAAGCACGCUCCUCUGCCGGUCUUACAGGGGGGGUUUCUUACAUCGUUUAUUUGGUUGGCUACGCUCUCCCCGAGGGCAUGAGUAGUCUAGACAAAUUCAAAGUGUUUGGAAACAUCGAAAACAUGGCUCUUAUCUUUGACACUGCUGAAGACGGGAGCACUACUGUGCGUGACCCCAAAGCACUGUUCAGCCUCGACGGCCCUGGCAUCACUGAGGAAGAUAUCGCAGCCUACAGCAAGACACUUUGUCGCUGGAGUGGGAAAGGCAUGUUUCAACCAAUCGAGCGUGCUGCAUGGCGAGAGAUCCCGGUCGUGUACAUCCAUACCGCGUCUGAUUUGUCUAUUCCCACUGCCGAGCAAAAAAGUAUGGUGGCGUUUAUAGAGAAAGCAGGCCGAAAGGUACAAACCUUUACGGUUGACUCCGGUCAUUGUCCCAACUUCAACGCGGCACAGAGCGUUGCGGAUGCCGUCAACCAAGUAGCGUCUGGUUAGGGGAUUAUCCCUUUGCCUUUGGUGAUCAAAGAGACCUUUUCAUAGGUCCUCAGAAGCAGUGGGAACUCAGCGAUGAAGGGAACUUUUGUCAGAUUAGCAAAAAAAAGGUCGAGUAUAGUCGGGUCAACUAUCAUCAUCUAGAACAUAAGAUCGCCUCUUUCACUGUUUCGUCUAUCUUAGUCGUAUGGCUUGAAACUUCAUAGUAUCGCAGCACUUCCUUACCUGCAGCUUUGAAAGUACAUGGAGCAUAUUGGCAUAGUAUGCAAUAUCCGCUGCCAUAUCAAGAACAGGAUAUAAGCCUGUGCAUGUUCUAAUGUAAUACCUAAGUAGAGUACCUAGGUAGGUUAAGUCGAGGUGGCGGCUCAUACCUCAGGGGCAAGAUAGAGAUUUUGGCGUUCCCGAGAUGGUAUGUUGUUAGUGCACAGGAUUGGAGACCAUUUUAAGUUAGUUCGAUCUUUUCCUCUCUCUUAUUCUCUUCACAGGAUGAAUACAUGUAGGCAGGCGAGCAGGUUGUCGAUUGAUUUGCUGAUGGUGUGUCAUGGACUGCGCCCCAAGCCCCAAGCCCAAUCAAUGUAGCUGCAUAUACGGUGGGCCAC